AUGAACUUCUUUCAUGUUCCAUUAGCUAAACAAAACGCUGUUUCAAUUACAACCUCAACAUCAUCCACUAGUACCAGUGCAACCACGAUGACAACAACGACAGCGACAACCACAACCACCUGCAAUUCAUGUACUACUAGUUAUUCUUGGAAUCAAACAGGCGUAGUGUUGGCUGACACAAGUUCUAAUCCACUUUCGAAUCCAAGAUGUAUUGUGGUUGAAGGAAAUGAUACAAUUUAUGUUUGCGACCACCAGCUUGGAUACGUUGAAAAAUGGAUCACAAAUACAACUAGUCGAACUGCAGCGACCAGCAACACUGCAGAUCAUAUGGAUUAUAUUAGUUUUGACAACAGUGGAGCCAUGUAUACCACUCAACAUUUGACGAAUAUAGUGCAACGUUAUCCUGCCAAUUCUUUAGUUCCUACUGUUGUUGUUGGAACAGGAUCAUCUAUAAGUGGUCUCAAUUCUCCAAGAGCUACUGCUGUUGAUGACAAUUAUACGCUUUACAUCAAUGAUCAAGGCAAUAAACGAGUGGCGAAACUCGAUCAAAAUGGAACUAGCCUUGUUACUGUGAUUGAUACAACUGGUAUCAUUUCCUCAAUGUCCGCAAUUUUACUGAAGUCUUCCUCGUCGGAUCAAAUAUAUAUUAGUGACGAAAGUGGCAAAGCUGUAUUUCUGUGGACAUUUGGUGCAGCAACGCCAAGUGUAAAUCUGACUGACGUCGAUUGUGGUAGCAAUCUUAAUAAUCCGAGAGGAAUCAGAUUAGAUGCUAAUGGCAAUUUAUAUGUUGCUGACCAAGACAAUAAGCGAAUAGUUAUGUUUUGCGCCAACUCAACAAUGGGCACUGUUAUAUUAAGCUUUAGUAGUCAACCAAUGGAUCUUGAUUUAGAUUCUAGUCUCAAUCUAUAUGUACUGUUGAAUAAUGGCAAGGUAUACAAACAUCAAUUAGUUUAA